GAGUCACGGUCGUUACGGUCGUUACGUAUUGCAACGGCUUACCGGGGGCUCUUUUGUACUGUACUGUGCAUAAAUUUGUUCAUUCUUUGUUCUGUUCUUUUGUUGUGCAGAAGUAGAUUGCGUUGCAAAAUAGCAGCACAGUUGGGUUCAAAACGAUCGCCAUCCCCAAUCGUCUGCAAAUGGAUCUAAACGUAAGUGCAAUGUCCCUAAUCUUUAUAAACUGCUGCGAUUUCCGCGUGAAUGUCAUCUGCAUGCAAAGACGAACUUAGCUCCUUUGAUUCACCAGCUUUUAACGCGAUAACCUUGCUAGAAAUAUCAAUUAAGAAGGAUCGUUAUAUAAAAACAAAUAUCCAGCUGUAUAGGAUCUUUGACUUUUGGUGUUUUAUAAUGGAUAAAUAUCGAUUUUCCAGACGUCUAUUUUUGGUUUGGUGCCCCGGGCCCUGGCCUUUGACCUCACUUGAAAAACGUUUUUAAAAAUACAGCGAAAAUCGCUUUUACACUACUUUUAUCAUCCACGUGCACAUGUUUUUGGAUUCAAAUAGCAUCUUAUCAGGAGAAAACGACUCAAACGAACGUCUUACGAGUUAACAUAAUGCAUGUUACGACCUCGUACAAGUUAUAUUACGCAAGCUUAUAUUGGCACUUCUUUAUGGGCGUAAUUAGGGUGUGCGUUCUCGUUUAUGCUGGGACGCAGAUUUCCUUGUUGUUUUUUUAAUAUUGUUUUAUUUCUUUUCUUGGACUCUCUCGAUACAGUUUUAAAAAUAACAUAAGGAGAGUGUGUUUAGUUAAUUCUUUGGUGCUACAGGUUAAGCUUGUUUAAAGAGGUGACAAUGCUUUGUCUGCAGGCCACGAGCUGGACAGUGUAAGCAUGGGAGCCUCGUUUGAACAAGUCUUUCUUGAUUUGAGAUUCUGCUGUCCAUAGGCGUCAUAUUAAAGAAAACAGGCUUUGCAUUUUAAAUUAGAUCCCUCGACUUAACACAAGCAUAUAAAUCAUAAGAUUUUAUCCACAUAGAAAAAAAAAUUAACAAACAAAUUAAUGCAAAUCUGUAGAAUUAAACUAUCAACAACGGUAUAUUUUGUUGAUCAACAGCACUUUCUCCAGCUAGAAAUCGAAGAGCUAACGAAAUAGUUAUAGACCAACAUUUGACAUCAGGGAUAAUAAAGUGUGUAUCUUCCACAAAUCCAUCAUAUUCAGAAUGUCUUUGAUUUAUUUAAGGGUACCGACUCAUCAUCAGCCUCACAGUUUGUGAGUAAUGAUCACCUAAAACAGAUGGAUGAUGACGUUCUCUUUCACAUUGGAAUCAGAGUUGGUGAUCUUGACAUUAAAAAAGUAUUUGGUGAUGUCAAGGUAAAGGUGUUUUUUUCCUUAAGAGGAACUAUUGUUUCUUUAAAUGAACAGUCAUUAUGUCACAAAUCCCUUAUAAAGGACUUUGUUUUUCAAUGUUUUAUUUUAAUUGAGUUAACAACCACAUCAAUUGCUUCUGAUGUGCAUUUUUCUGUUAAUGAUCCUCCUGCAUUGGGAUACCCUAAUAACCUCUCAAUCUUAAGAUCAUUAUUGUACAACUCCUGUCCAAAUUUGCUCCUGUAGAAUUUUUCCCUACCCUGCUUGUGCCUUUCAACUGCCACACCCCUACCCCACUCCCUCCUCAAACUAUGCAGAAGGGGUGUACUUGAAGAAAAAUGGAUGGGUUUAUUCUGUUAAGGCCUUGACACCCCUGUCCCAUCUCAUACUCAGACCACAAGUGAAAAGAUUGUUUUAUAGUGUGGAUAGGUUUUCUCCAUAUUACAUUUUUACACAGUUAAAAAGGAUCUUAUCUGAAGGGCAGUAUGAUAUACACCAGAUCUUUUAAUUAACUAAACUAUUCUUUCAAUGACCCCAUCUCAAGCUAAAAUGAACAAAGAGGAUAAGUGAUAAAUAAUAAUAAUUUUAAUAAUAAAAAGAAAAAAAUAUAUCCUUUCUUUACCCUUGGCAGUAUUUAUAGCACUGAUGCCAGUGGCUGGACGGGCCAAGCAAAUUCCUGAAACAAAUACUUUAAAUGACACUUAACAGUGUGGUUAAGAAUCCCAACUGGCCAGAGGCAAACCAGUUAGUCGUUUACAAACGUGGUUUAGGAUUUGCACUCGGGGAUGCUGUGAACAAAUCCAGCUAGCGGUAGUAAGGGUGGGACUUGCGAUUUGGAGUAGUUUAAGUGCUCCACCAUGCUGCCUCUGUCACGUGUGUUUGCUUCCGGGGGUUUAAUUUUCUGAUAUGCCAUUCCUCUUUCAGUUUGUGUGUAUGGGAGGUAGCACAAGUCGCAUUAAAGAAUUUGCUAAGUUUAUACAGAAUGAACUUAAAGAUUACUUGAAAGCAGAUCAAGAACCGUGCAACCUGUCAAAGUCUGACCGCUAUGUCUUGUACAAAGUUGGACCAGUUUUAGCUGUAAAUGUAAGUCACUCUAAAUAGCAUCUAGCAUUUUCCAUGUAACGAUUGAGUUUAUGAAACAUCAGCUUGGCAUCUUGACUUGCCUUUAUAACAGUCCUGACUAACUGUGUGUCAUGUAUUUUUCUGCUUGAUUUCUUGUAUUGUAUUCUGACCAACAAAGCAUGGCAUUGGAGUUCCCUCUUUGAUGGUUAUCAUGCAUGAAACUCUCAAACUGUUGCAUUAUGCAGAAGCUCAAGACGUGAGGUUCUUUCGUAUUGGCACAUCAGGAGGCCUAGGUAUGACGUUGUUAUCAUUAAUUUACUCCUGUUAAAGAAUUUUAGAUGUGUUGUGUUCAGUAUGAAAUGUUGUCUUGUUCUUUGUAGGGUUUUAUUUCUUUCGUGGUAGAUGCUUAUGCCCAGGCUUAUUGUUCACAUGUAAAGAGGACAAAUACGGUUGUCCUCUUAUUUGCGACAUUGCCAUUUACCAUUUACCUCUCCCUGAGGUGUGGAGUGGGGAGGGGGAGACUGGAAGUGUACCAUUUACAUUAUGUCAGGUGCUGUAAGCAAUACUGAGUGCAUUGAUCAGUCUCUUCUGUUUCUUCCCAAGGUUUGGAGCCUGGAACAGUUGUCAUAACAACAAGAGCAGUCAAUGCUCUUUUGGAACCAUUCAGUGAGCAGGUACUGUGACUAGACACAAAAUUGCUGCUUUAUUGAAAUGUAAAAAGUGGGCAUUUACUUGCAUUUGGCUCCCACUAAAAGCAAAGGGUAUUUCUUAAGUAAGUGUUCAAAUCAGUGUACAUGUACUGAAGUUAAAAAUGUAUUGUAUAGUUUAUAUUGGAAGGCAUGGUCUAUCUAAGUUUAUGGGACCUCCACUCUACUCAAACAAUUUCAGACAAAUAAUACAACAUCCAAAAAUCCUCAGGGGUUGAAUCAAACCUGGGGCUGCUGGAAUGUGAAUCCCAUGGGCUUAACAUCUCCUUGUUUGUACCCUUCUUUAUAUGGAAAUUCCGUUGAUAUUAACUUUAACGUGGAUCAAUAAUAUUGUAGAGAAAUAGCCACAACUAUAAAAACAAAAAAAGAAAGUUGAAGACAGAGCAGGUCGAUUUUCAAUUCGAUUAUUCAUGGUUAUUCAAUUUGCUUCCAUGUAUUGUAGUAGCUUUCCAUUACCCGCAUUCAUCAAGGGCUAUUUUAACCACUCUUAUUGGCCUGAAACUAAACUGGCCGUUCACAGUCCUCAGCCCGGGGAUGAUUAUCAAAUGUACUUAGGGGACAGGGGACGGUUUGAAGGGAGGCUCGCCUCUCUCUCUCCCUACUGCUUCUUUUUGUCCUUUUCUCGUACAUCAUUUCUAUUUCUUACCAAAUAAACUUGCCUUGACACUGUCGUUUUCUGUCGUUUUUCAGGUGAUCUUAGGCAAGGUGGUGAGAUUUCCAACCCCGCUGGAUAAACAGCUUCAGAAAGAGUUAUUAGAUUGCAGUGGUGAUAUAUUGACAGCUGUGGGUGAUACCAUGUGCACACAUGACUUUUAUGAAGGUGAGCUGGAAGGAAGGCAUUUAUAGACCGCGAGCGGUCGUCCUUCUUUGCUCAAUGCCACUAGCCCCGCUCUCGUUUCUCGCGGCUUCUCACCCCUUGCAAAAAAGAAAAAUAAGAGACUGCCUGCAGUCUAAGGCUAUCUUUUGCAUCGCCACGUAAAUCAUACCGGAUAGCUGGCUUCUGUUCACACUGGCUAAAAUUGUUGUGGCGGCGCGAUUUCUGUAACGGAGCGAAGCUGCGUGUGUUCAUACUAUACCGUAAAAUUCCGAAAAUAAGCCCCGGGGCUUAUAUUUUUCAAAUGUUCUUUUUGAGGGGCUUGUUUUUGGAGGGGCUUAUAUUCGGAGGGGCUUAUCUACGGAGGGAAAUUUGCGUUUCAAACUCGAUUGGGCUAGCCUUAUAGUUGGAAGUAAAUUUACCGUUUUUGCUCAUUGUUUUACUUUGUAUUUGAGGGCAAUUUUCCAAGUACAAGCCUCCGGGGGCUUAUAUUUGGAGGGGCGAUUUAACGGAGGGUUUUUCGCGUUACCAGUUUGGAGGGCUUAUCUUUGGAGGGGCUUAUACAUGGAGGGGCUUAUUUUCGGAAUUUUACGGUACCUAGGGCAUUCAUUGAUCAGGGGCAUGCUUACCAUUUACACAAACUACCCGCGUGGAAAUCUUGUAAUUUAAAGUGGUGGGAUAGGCUGCGAAAACAUCCGUUUAUCCUCGCUCUUCGCCGCUGGGGACGUUUCGCGCGGAGGAACGUCGGCGAAGAGCGAGGAGACAGCUGAGGAGAAACGGAUGUUUUCGCAGGCUAGUGGUGGGAGAACAAACUGUCACAAAGUAUAUCCAAAUUUGCCGAACAGACUAGAAAGACUUAGAAAAUUGCGUCGCCUCAAAUCACAGCCCAUAUUUUCUGAACCUUCCACAACGGAAUGUCGCGAACCAUUUGAUUUUCCAACAGGAAUUUCCAGUUUUCCCCUGUAAAUGGUAAGUACCCCAGAUUCACAAACCAUCGUACAAAGUAAUUUGUAAUGCAUAUUUAUAUCCGCGUCAGAACUCAAAACAUGUCAAAAACAAAAACCAGUACUGAAAACAAAGCAAGUACGAGGUUCGGGCAAUCUGCGAGCCAUGGAAAAAAAUAAAGUUUUGUGAAAGUGUACAUACAAGAAAAAUGUUUCUUGCUUGGUUCCCUAUGCGUAUGUGAGGUAUUUCUGCUGGAAUAUUUACAGAGGUUGUUUACCAUUUAUAAAAAAAAAUCCGGAAAUUUUGGUUGGGAAAUUUCGGUCGGUAAGAACGGUACGUGUCGUUUACCAUUUGCCUAAAAUUUCCUGAUUGUCGCGCCGCGCUAGACUGGAUGUUAGUUACAACUUGAAACUGGUACGAAACUCAAGAAAUUUGUAAAUGGUAAACGAAUUUCCAUUCGGAAAGUCCCAAUCGGGAAAACGGGACUACCUUUUCAGAAUUUCCGUUUGUUGCUGGAAUUUUCCAGUGGGACGAACCAAAAAAACGUUUACUAUUUACAUCCCAACCGGCAUUUCCGGGAAUUUGUGGUAAAUGGUAAACAACCAGAAUUACGGAGUCUUGGUCGACUUUCAGUGAUUAAGACACUCCUUUACGGCUUAGGGUUAAGCACUCAUUUUAUGGAUUAGGAUUACGGACUAGGGUUAAGCGCUGCUAAGGGUUAAUCACUCAUUUACAACGGUUAGCUUUCGGUUAUUUCUUCCGUAAUACUGCUUUUUCUAUUUUCUUUGUAAUUUCUUUCGCAUGGCUCGCGUGGCGUGCUAAGUAUGAUAUAGUGAGUACAGCAGUUUGUACAUGGUUCGAUUCUAAACAGGGGCACCCAAGGUGAAUUUUCGGAAAAUAUCUGUUCGGAAGACGAUUUGAGAUCUAGAAUUUUGGGAACAUUUGUUGUAAAAUUUCUGCAUGGCUUGCUUGCCUCUCCUAGGAUUUUCGAACAUAUAAAAAAGGUAAAAUUGCCCAUUUUAAACGGUUUUUUACGCUAAAAAGGUCACCUAGAAUUUUCGGGAGCCUUUUUUCUGGCUGAAAUUUUCGAAAAGGUAAGUUUUGAUCCCUACAAUUUUCAGAUCACUAGACUUUCAGCUCGGAAAUCCGAACAGAUGAAAAAUUUUUAGGAGAUAAAAAUAUGCCUAUAUCUACCGUUUAAAUACUAAAAUACGUUAAUCAAUGCUAUGUUUAAGUAGUUUUGAACUAUAUUCUCGUUGGGUACCCAGGGCUGUUCUAAAGCCGUUGCGGGGAGAGGUUAUGAGCCGGUACAGGAAAGUGUCACUUAACAAGUGUUUUUGUGUUCUUUCAAAACUUGUAUCACGAUUUUUCCUAAUUUCUUACUUUUCCAAAUGUAGGUGAACUCUUCCAGAGUUAAAUUCUUAAGAACCACAAUUUAGAGAGAGAAAGGGAAAUUAUAGUUAUCGUUUGUUUGCUUGCUCCUAAAACGUAGAGUUAAGAAAUUUCGCGUUGUAGUUGUGAAGUGAUGUCAACGAAAUGUACUCAAAAGUAGUCUGGCUCUCGUUCCAUUUUUCGCGAGGCCAAAACCGAAAAUCCCGUUCCUCGUCGUUCCUCGGUCUUUCUUUUUGGUUUGUGGCUUAAAGAAAGAGGAAUAGUACCGUUGAAACGCACUUGUUUCGUUUUAUAGCUUAAAGAACGUGGAAUGUUAUACUUUUGCCCAGCGCUUGUUUCGCUCUAGGGCUUAUAGAACGAGGAAUAUUUGAUUUGGAGCGGGCUUGUUUUGGUUUACGGCUUAUCGAACGAGGAAUAUUAUUGUUGGAGCGUACUUGUUCUGCUUUAUGGCUUAGAUAACGAGGAAUUUACGACCGUAUCUAGACUUGCUACAAGUCGACCUCUUGGCGAGCGGAGCGAGCCUUGUUUGGCCGCGAGCGACGAAGUCGCGAGAGGUCUAGACCGUAUCAAUCAAGCAUACGGACCGUUUCGAACCGUAACGCACUGUGCCCUGAUAUAAUAAUGAGAUGAACGCUUCGUAUCUACUCACAAUAUAGACUGUUAGCAAUGCUGACGGUUUGUACGGGGCGUACGUUCCGUCAUCUGCUCUUAACGGUCCGUAACAGUGCGGCAGUAUUGGACAUGACUGGAGGCGACCAAGCGACCAAGCUUUCCGCCUUUAUAUUCUCCUCCUGGCUUCGUCGCUUUCUAGCUCUUCCCUCCAUUGCUCUUCCCAAAAAAAAACCGCCAGCUACGCAGGCUAAUCAAACCCUCCAUGCUAACUACAAUUAAAUCAGAUUUUCCUCAUUAACUGUCCUUCAGGUCAGGGAAGGUUAGAUGGAGCCUUCUGCGACUACACACUGGAUGACAAACUCAAAUUCCUACAAAAAAUCCAUGAUGCUGGUGUGCUCAACAUUGAGAUGGAGAGUGCUUCCUUUGCGGCGAUGUGUAAUCGCGCAAAUGUGUCGGCUGCCGUCUUGUGUGUCACUCUUUUGGACCGAUUAAAAGGCGAUCAGGUAACUCUAACCAAAGAACAGCAUGAGGAUAUGCAAAUGAGACCAGCCAGGCUUGUAGCCAAGUACAUAAAGAAGACCUUGGAACAGACCAAUGGAGACGCGAGUCCCUCGCCCAAAAGAAAACGCCAGAAGGCUGAUUGAUAUCGCUAAAGAUCCCAAGCAGUUUAGUUGUACAGUUUCUGGACCAAUCUAAAGCAGAGAUCAAACUUUCGGCGACUUUUGCCGCCCUGAUCACUGUGUAACCACGCAGACACGGGGUGGUUGCGUGACAGGCGCCAAAAAAAGGGCGGGAAGGGAGAGAAAAGCUCUCCGCAGCGCUCUGGCGCCAAAGCGCCCCCGUGAAACAGAGAGGGAGCUCUUUCCUAUUCUCCCCAGUACCCUCUGCCUCUUUCCUCCUUUCCCCUCUCCCUUUGGACGCGUUGCUCUAGUUUGGUCCAGAGACUAAAAUUUGAUUUCUUAAAAAUUGUUAAUUCCUGGACAGAUUUUGUUUGCGUGACACACACAAGGCGACAUGUUGCAUGUCUUUUGAAGAGUCGUUUAUUGGCGUCCUUUAUUCGAUUUUCUUGAUUCGAGAAGUUCGGGAAUAAAUUUCAUUUUUACGCAGAGGAAAAUUUUGUGUAAAGAUAACGUAAUCUGGUGGUCCAGUACUGUAACGUACUAGGGAAAACACAGAUUGUAAUAAUUUUGUGCAACGAAUAACAUAUAUAAUUAUUUAUUAAGGUUUGGUAGUGACGUUUAAUAGUUUGAUAGCGCUAUCUACCGGAUAAAUCACUAUCCAUUGUUUAACGCAAUGAGUUUCCCACGGCUUUUUCAUUGGAUAAUGAUUUUUCCAAUGGUUAUCGUUACUCUAGUCUCCCACGCAGCCGUUUUUUUUCACGUCACGCAACGCUCCUCCCCAAAGAAAGAGAGGAGACCCUUGCGUUACAAGACAAAAAUGGCGGUAUGCUGUGGGAGGCUAGCGUUAUGCAUCUUUUGAACAAGUGGAGUGUGGUAUUUAAUUGCGGACAUUUUUUUAGAGAAUAUUUUUGUCAUUUGAGGGUG